UGCAUAGCGAUGCCUUGACGCCGCUGGCAGGAACGUGCAGCAGAAUGCGGAGCAGCUGAUGCUCUUGCGGGGCUAAAAAUAAUCAACUUUUCUCUCUCUUUUUUUAAACUUCCUUCUCUCUGUGUGUUUUCUUAUUUAUUAGAGGCCAGACUCCAGGAAUGACGCAGGCUCAGUGAGGAUUGGCACCUUUGUCCGGGAGUGACUCUGAGCUCGCGCCGGCGCCGCCAUGGCCCUCUCGUUCUGCGGCAACGACCGAGGCAUCAACGCCUACAGCGUGGAGGAGGGCGUGUUCAACAACGGCUGCUUCGUGGACGCCCUCAACCUGGUGCCCCAUGUCUUCCUGCUCUUCAUCACCUUCCCCAUCCUCUUCAUCGGGUGGGGAAGUCAGAGCUCCAAGGUCCAGAUCCAUCACAACACGUGGCUCCAUUUCCCUGGGCACAACCUGCGAUGGAUCCUCACCUUCUCCCUGCUCUUCGUCCACGUGUGCGAGUUCGCAGAGGGCAUCGUCUCCAACAAGAUGAUGGACACCAACCAUCUCCACCUGUACAUGCCGGCGUUCAUGGGCUUCGUCGCAGCAACGACCUCAGUGGUUUAUUAUCACAAUAUAGAGACGUCCAACUUCCCCAAGCUGCUGCUCGUGCUUUUCAUCUACUGGGUGCUGGCGUUCAUCACCAAGUCCAUUAAGCUGUGGAAGUACGCGGAGUACAAGGUCGGACCCCAGCACCUGCGGUUCUGCAUCACGGCCCUGUUGGUGGUUCUGUAUGGACUGCUCAUGGCGGUGGAGGUCAACGUCAUAAGAGUCAGGAAAUACGUCUUCUUCGCCAACCCGCAGAAGGUGAAGCCCCCGGAGGACCUGCAGGAUUUAGGGGUUCGCUUCCUGCAGCCUUUUGUCAACUUACUGUCUAAGGCGACAUACUGGUGGAUGAAUCCUCUCAUCAUGGGGGCCCACAAGAGGCCCAUAGAGCUGAAGAAGAUCGGCAAGCUGCCCAUCGCCAUGAGAGCCCUCACCAACUACCUACGGCUCAAGGACGCCUACGAGUACCAGCGGACGGCGGAGGAUCCGGACCGCGCGCCGUCCAUCUGGCGCUCCAUGUACACGGCGUUCGGGCAGCCCAUCCUGCUCAGCAGCACCUUCCGGUACCUGGCGGACCUCCUGGGCUUCGCCGGGCCGCUCUGCAUCUCCGGGAUCGUCAGGUACCUGAAGGUGGACGAGGAGGUUGCUUCCACUGACAAGGAGACCUAUUUCGGGGUUCACUUCAUGUCCUCUUCCAAGCUGCUGCAGAACACCUCCGUCCUGGCCGUUCUUCUCUUCCUGGCCCUGAUCCUGCAGAGGACCUUCCUGCAGGCCUCCUACUACGUCACCAUAGAAACGGGCAUCAACCUGCGCGGAGCCCUGCUGGCCAUGAUUUACAACAAAAUCCUGCGUCUGUCCACCUCCAACAUGUCCAUGGGGGAGAUGACGCUGGGGCAGAUUAACAACCUGGUUGCCAUAGAGACCAACCAGCUGAUGUGGUUCCUCUUCCUCUGCCCCAACCUGUGGGCCAUGCCUGUGCAGAUCGUGAUGGGAGUGAUCCUGCUCUACUACCUGCUGGGCUGCAGCGCCUUGGUGGGAGCGUCCGUCAUCGUCCUGCUGGCUCCCAUCCAGUAUCUCAUUGCGACCAAGCUGGCAGAAACGCAGAAAAGCUCGCUGGAACACUCCACAGACCGGCUGAAGAAGACCACAGAGAUUUUAAAGGGCAUCAAGCUUCUGAAGCUCUACGCCUGGGAGAACAUCUUCUGUGACAGCGUGGAGGAGACCAGAGGCAAAGAGCUCACCAGCCUCAAGACCUUUGCUUUCUACACGUCUAUGUCCAUUUUCAUGAAUGCCGCAAUCCCCAUCGCUGCAGUUCUUGCGACAUUUGUGACCCAUCACUUCAUCAAUAAAACCGGGCCCAGUCCCUCCGAGGCCUUCGCGGCCCUGGCGUUGUUCCACAUCCUGGUCACCCCCCUGUUCCUGCUCUCAACAGUGGUCAGAUUCGCAGUGAAGGCUCUGGUCAGCGUCCAGAAGCUCGGCGAGUUUCUUCAGAGUGACGAGAUCGGAGACGAUAGCUGGAGGAACGGGGAGGUGUCCGUUUCCUUCGAGGCCGGCAAAAAGCACCUGGGGACGACCAAAGCCAUCAACAGGAAGCAGCCGAUGCGCUACCAGAUGGACAACUACGAGCAGCCGAGCCGGCGGCAGGCGAGACCCUCGGAGACGGAGGAUGUGGCCGUGAAGGUGUGCAACGGAUUCUUCACCUGGGGAAGCAACCUGUCCACGUUGUCCGACAUCAACAUCCGCAUCCCCACAGGUCAGCUGACGAUGAUCGUGGGCCAGGUGGGCUGUGGGAAGUCGUCGCUGCUGCUGGCGAUGCUUGGCGAGAUGCAGACCAUCGAAGGAAGAGUCUGCUGGAGCAAGCUGCCCGAGUGUGACGUGGUCCACGAGGGCAACAUCAGCUGGUCAGAGACAGAGGGGUCUGACGAAGACGUCAGGAAUAGUAAGAACAGAUACUCUGUGGCCUACGCUACCCAGAAGUCCUGGCUGCUCAACGCUACAGUGGAAGACAACAUCACGUUCGGCAGCCCAUUCAGUAAACAGAGGUACAAGGCCGUGAUUGACGCCUGCUCCCUGCAGCCAGACAUCGACCUGCUCCCCUUUGGAGACCAGACAGAGAUUGGAGAGAGGGGCAUCAAUCUGAGCGGAGGGCAGAGACAGAGAAUCUGCGUGGCCAGAGCGCUGUACCAGAACACCAACAUCGUCUUCCUGGACGACCCGUUCUCAGCCUUGGACAUCCACCUGAGCGACCACCUGAUGCAGGAAGGGAUCCUCAAGUUCCUGCAGGACGACAAGCGAACCGUGGUCCUGGUCACACACAAGCUGCAGUACCUCAUCCACGCCGACUGGAUCAUAGCGAUGAAGGACGGCACCGUGCUGAGGGAGGGCACGCUGAAGGACAUCCAGACGCACGACGUGGAGCUGUACGACCACUGGAAAACCCUGAUGAACAGACAGGACCAGGAGCUGGAGAAGGACAUUCAGCAGGACAGUCAAACCACGCUGGAGAGGAAGACGCUGAGAAGGGCAUUCUACUCCAGGGAGGCCAAGAACCAGACUGACGAUGAGGAUGAGGAGGAAGAGGAGGAGGAGGAAGAUGACGACAACAUGUCAACAACGACCAACAGGCGAUCCAAGAUUCCAUGGAGGAUGUGCUGGCGCUACCUGUCGUCCGGCGGCUACCUCAUGUUCUUCCUCAUGGUGUCCUCCAAGCUCCUCAAGCACUCGGUCAUCGUCGCUGUGGACUACUGGCUGGCCCUCUGGACGUCCUCCAAGACCAACAACAGUGCGCUGAACGGCACCGGCGUGGCCGCCGGCAUCGACGGCAGCCUGAGCGGCUCCGCCGGCGCGGAGGCCGAGGCGGACUCCUACUACCUGCCGGUGUUCAUCAUCCUCUGCGCGUCCGGAAUCAUCCUGUGCCUCUUCACCUCGCUCAGCGUGGAGUUCCUGGGCCUCUCCGCGGCCACCACCCUGCACCACAACCUGCUCAACAAGAUCAUCCACGCGCCCAUCAGGUUCUUUGAUAUCACUCCCCUGGGGCAGAUUCUCAACAGGUUCUCAGCAGACACCAACAUCAUUGACCAGCACAUCCCUCCGACGCUGGAGUCCUUGACGAGGUCCAGCCUGCUGUGCUUGUCAGCCAUCGGGGUCAUAUCCUCCAUUACUCCGGCUUUUCUGGUCGCCUUGAUUCCCCUGGGAGUGGCGUUCUACUUCAUCCAGAAGUAUUUCAGGGUGGCCUCUAAGGACCUGCAGGACCUCGAUGACUCCACUCAGCUUCCACUGCUCUGCCACUUCUCUGAGACUGCAGAGGGUCUAACCACCAUACGGGCGUUCAGACACGAGGCUCGUUUCAAGCAGAGGAUGCUGGAGCUGACCGACACCAAUAACACGGCCUACCUGUUCUUGUCGGCUGCCAAUCGCUGGUUGGAGGUCAGAACGGACUACCUCGGAGCGGUGAUCGUGUUGAUGGCAGCCGGAGCCUCUAUCUGGAGUCUGCGCUUCGGCCUGCUGUCCGGCGGCCUGGUUGGCCUCGGACUCACCUACGCCCUCACUGUCACCAACUACCUGAACUGGGUGGUGAGGAAUCUGGCGGACCUGGAGGUCCAGAUGUCAGCGGUGAAGAAGGUCAACAGCUUCCUGGGCACGGAGUGCGAGAACUACGAGGGCUGCAUGGACGCCUCCCAGGUGCCCGAGAACUGGCCACAGGACGGCGAGAUCAAGAUCCAGGACCUGUGCGUGCGCUACGACGCCAUGCUCAAGCCCGUGCUCAAGCACGUCAACGCCUGCAUCAAACCGGGCCAGAAGGUGGGAAUCUGCGGCCGCACGGGCAGCGGGAAGUCCUCGCUGUCGCUGGCCUUCUUCAACAUGGUGGACAUAUUUGACGGGAAGAUCGUCAUCGACGGCAUCGACAUCUGUAAACUCCCUCUGCACACGCUGAGGUCGCGCCUCUCCAUCAUCCUCCAGGAUCCGGUGCUGUUCAGUGGCUCGAUAAGGUUCAACCUGGACCCAGAGAGGACGUGCACGGACGAUCGGCUGUGGGAGGCGCUGGAGAUCGCUCAGCUGAAGAACAUGGUGAAGGCGCUGCCUGGAGGACUGGAUGCGGUGGUGACGGAGGGCGGGGAGAACUUCAGCGUGGGCCAGAGGCAGCUCUUCUGCUUGGCCCGAGCGUUCGUGAGGAAGAGCAGCAUCCUCAUCAUGGAUGAAGCCACGGCCUCCAUAGACAUGGCCACGGAGAACAUCCUGCAGAAGGUGGUGAUGACGGCGUUCGCGGACAGAACCGUGGUCACGAUCGCACACCGCGUCCACACCAUCCUCACAGCCGACCUGGUCAUCGUGAUGAAACGAGGAAACAUUCUGGAGUACGACAAGCCCGAGACGCUGCUGGAGCAGGAGGACGGCGUGUUCGCGUCCUUCGUCAAGGCCGACAUGUAGACGCUGGGGCCAGUCGCGCGCUCUGAACUGGGAAUGACACACCUCCGCGCUCCAGUGGAGCCCAUAGACCUGCUUCCUUUCCAACGACGAGCUUCUCAGGCGAACGAAAGCUGAACCCGCAAAUCACCGGGAGCCGCUUCCAACAAGCCGUUCUCCACCAUUGGAUCCAUUCACUGGUUUAUCCCUUUGUCUGUUUCAUAUUGAUGCUUUAGCAAUUUAGAAGAAGCAACCAGUAGUAAGAGUUGAUGAAAGAUGAAAAAAAAAAAGUAAAUAUUUCCUUAUAUUUGCUAGAAGGCUAAUCUAUGAUUGUGACUGUAUAUUAGAUUUUUAAGGCCCAGCGUUUUCUCCUCAUAGAACACAUUAGGGCCCGUGUUCCCUCCCAUCUCCUGCUGGGUAAUAACGUGCCAACGAUAAGUACAUGGAGUAAAAGUCAACAUCCUCGAUGUCUCUACAGCCGAAGAAGCCCCAAACAAGCGUGCCAUUUCUUUCUUUCUUUCUCUGCCAGUAGCUGCAGGAAAUCACGGAGUCAGAAUACGUGCAGACUAACAUGCAGUUGGGUUUGGCUUCUCGGUGGGAUCUGUGGAUGGGUUAAAAAAACAGAACACCAGUGUAUUCAUCUACAAACGACCGCUAGACUGAAUUUCAUUUCAGACCUCGUACAGACUUUGGACCUUUGCCGUAUGUAUGGACUCCUCCUUGACUUUGAGGCUCUGUCAGCAGAUUUUCUAUGAUCUUGUGUGCACACACUGCUUUAUAUGCUAACAUGCACUUGUAUUAUGCAAUAAUGAGAGAGGGGAGAAUCCUUAAUGUUGUAACAGUGCGUGCACUCCGUUUAUCACUGUUUAAGUCAUUAGAGAUGACGAAGAGGUUGUUGCACUGGCCUGGACUCUUCCUCUACACGUCUGAUGGUGCGUUCAAGUGACGUCAGAGGUGUGGGGGAGGACAGCGUUGUUACUGACUGUUACCACCAGCUGCAGCCAUCCUUGAAACAGCACAACAGCAGCACAAAGGGCGCGUGGGGCCUCUAGGCAGCCCCCCUUAGUGCAACAAGGGCAGAAAUACUCCAGAAACAAACCCAGAAGGGGUUUUUCUAACUGUCUGAGGAUUCUGGGGUACUUCUUGAUGGUGUCUCUGUGCCUGCUCUAGUACUAACACUGUAGGGUGUCACGGCUCGGCCUGAAGCCGGACGACCCGCUGUCUGUCUGAAGUCGUGCUUGGCUGAGUUCCUCCCCCGUGGGACAGCGGGCAGUUCCCUGGAGACUCGUCCCCGCCCGGGAGUCGUGCUCGUGUCUCUCCCAUCACCGUUUACUGCUUAUAUUUACUUUUUAUUGAGAUUUAUUAUUAUUUUAACACUUUGUUAAAUAUGUUACUCUAAAAUGUUUCAUCUCAAGAAGUUGCCUCUUCAGAUUUUUUUUUUUUAUAAUUUUUUGCCCGGUCUUUUGUUCUGGCCACGAGCGCUUUUCUUAAAUCUUUUGUGUCAUUUUCAUUUGUGUGCGUUUAAUGGCCAGAACGACUCACGACUGCCAACUUGUUCACGUCACACCUCGGAUCAUGUUUGGGUUUGAAAACGGUGACAGGGCAGAAGAGAAAAGACAGAGUUCAUAUCAAUUAAAUGAGCUCCAGAGUCUUGGUUUGUGUGUCACACAUUAUCAGUUCUAUGCAGAAACUGUCACUGGCUCCAAUGGAUGAUGCACAUCUGACUGUUAAAUGCGGCCAAACGUUCAUGUUCACAUUUUUUAAACUUUCUAAAUGCUUCACUGUAAACAUCUAGAACAAACUGUUACGUGUGCCUAAUUUUAUACAGUCGAAAUUCUGAUUAAACUGGCUUUCCUGAAUUUAA